CUCCUCCAUAUGUCUUGGCUACUAACUAGAAAGAGGAGUGUGAAUGGAGCAAGGCGGGGGAGGGGGGAGACGGCAGUUCAUUCAUUAGCUUGCAAAGUGGUCUGAGGUUGACGUGCUGGUUGUAAACAAAACAACAACUACAACAAACUCCACCAGCUCUCACAGGGAAAUGAUUCCUUAAACGAGCAGCCACCAAGGAUGAGCACUCCAUUUAAAAUAAAUAAAAAUAUAUAUUUCCACCAUAUCAAAGCGGCUCGGAGCUCCCGCCGACUCCAAGGCAGCAGGGAUGCUGAGUAAUCGCAUCUGAAUUUCCUGGAAAGCGGACACGCCCAUUUGCAGACGCAAAAGAGAGGAAACGAAACCAGCUCUCUCUUCCUGGAGUCUCCGCCAUGGCUGGUGCUCGGAGUCCCGUCCGCGAUCUCUGCGAGGAAGCCACUUGCCCCAUCUGCCUGGAGUAUUUCAGGGAUCCAGUGAUCAUCCCGGAGUGCGGGCACAACUUCUGCCGAUCCUGCCUGAUCCAGUGCUGGGGGGAAUCCGAGGGAGAGGCUUCCUGCCCUCAGUGCAGGGAAAUAGUUGAGCAAAGCAGCAUCAGGAGAAACCAGCAGCUGGCAAAUUUUGUGGAAAUAAUUAAGAAAUUCAGCCAUCUGGGGGGGAAAGAGGAGGGAAAAGGAAUGGGGAGAAUGUGCGAGAAGCACCAAGAGCCCCUGAAGCUCUUCUGCAAGGAGGAUGGAAGCCCCAUCUGUCUCUUGUGUAAUGUUUCCAAGGAGCACAAAAGCCACGAGGUGAUUCCUCUAGAGAAGGCGUCCCAGGAGUACAAGGAUCAGAUUAGCAGCUGCCUAGACAAUGUGAGGAAGAAGAGAGAGAAAAUUCUGGUAUUUAAAAAAGAUGCAGAAAAGGAAAGCCAAGACCUGCUUAAACAAACAGAUGCAGAGAGGGAAAAGAUGGUGGCUGAGUUCAGGCGACUCCACCAGUUUCUGGAAGAACAGGAGAAACGUAUUCUGGCCCAGAUGUCAGAAGCGGAGAAGGAGAUUGCAGCAAAAAGGGAGGAGCACCUGGCCAGACUCUCCAGGGAACUCUCCUCUCUUGAAAGCCUCAUCUGGGAGAUGGAGGAGAAGCUUCAGGAACCAGCAAGUGAACUCCUGCAGGAUAUUGGAAGCUUCUUACAGAGGUCUCAGGAGAAGGAGAACUUAGAGGAUCCACCUGUGGCUUUUCCUCCUGCCCUGAAGUGGAGGAUUUGGGACUUCUGUGAUAUGAAUCUCUUCCUGGAGGCUGUCAUGAAGAAAUUCAGAGACACUGUGGAGUAUGAACUUCAGCUGCGAAAAGAAAACAUAACUUUGGAUCCAGACACAGCAAAUCCCUUCCUCAUCCUGUCCAAGGAUCGAAAGAGUGUGAGUUGGGGAGAAGUGCACCAACCCCUGCCAAACAACCCUGAGAGAUUUGACAAACAUCUCUAUGUGCUGGGACGUGAGGCAUUCAGGGAAGGCAGACGUUUCUGGGAAGUCACUGUGGGGAGUGAGGUGGAAUGGUCCGUGGGGGUGGCCAGAGAGUCUGUGAAGAGGAAAGGCAAUUUAAUCCCUGGUCCUAAGGAAGGGAUUUGGCGCAUAGGGAAGUGGGGUGAUCAAUACAGGGUCUCCACCCCUGAUGGGCACCCUGUUCCCAUGCUGCGUGGGGAGCCCAAGAGGAUCCGAGUGACCCUGAACUAUGAAGGGGGACGGGUGUCCUUUUAUGAUGCAGAUACAGCAGUCCUCCUCCACUCAUUCUCAGAAGCCUCCUUCUCUGGAGAGACCCUCCAGCCCUUAUUUAGCAUGGGCAAGAAGGCAAACCUGACACUCUCUUGACUGAGGGUGGAGACAGAUAAGCUUAUAUUCAUGGCCAUCAUGUCACAUUCAGUCUCCUCUUCAGGAAUGAGCUGACUGGCACUUGAGAAGCCAUAUUUGCAGAACUGUGAUUAGCCAUCCCUUGUGUCAAUCAUGAUGCAACUCUCCCUUCUCAGGACAGCUUUGUAAAUGACAUUGAUUGAUUGAUUGAUUGAUUGAUUGGGUCCCCUAACUUGCCUGAUCUCUGUUCCUUGGGAAUCUGCUACUUCUGUCAGUGCAGGAUGAGCAAAGGGGGAAAGAAGCCAAAAAAUGAUUUAAGAAACAUCAGCAAACCUCCGCCCACCCUACACACAUUCCUGUUUCAAUGUAGUUCUCUCUCCAGCCUCCAACUUAAGAUUUCUAGAGAUAAUACCAUCAUCUUUUCUGAAUAAAAUCAGAAUUAUGCACGGGCCUCGCUUAAAACCUUCCUCCGCCUCAAUCCUGCUCUCAGAUUCCCUUUUCCUCCCCCAAAACUUCCACUGGCCAGGGAGAUGGAAGUUCCAAAACCCCUUUUUUGCUAUUCUUCAUCGAAACAUAUGUGGCAAUUCAGCAAAAUCAGAGACCUGUUUGCUAGUUGAGUACAGUCGGCCCAAAACUCACAUGCAACUUAAUUUCCGUGAUCGCAGUCUGGAAACGUAACCCCUGUCGCGAAUUCCUUCACGGCGCUUUAGCAGAGAUGUUAAGAGUUCCAGUUUCUUUAGUGCAGUAUAUUUAUUGUGAGCUAUAUACAAAUAUCUACAGGCAGUUCAUACACAAGCAGUUCAUACACUCUCUAAACCUCUCACUGACCACACCCUUCUACAACACCACCACAAACACUGCUGGAUAGGUUUCCCUUUUAAACUACUGACAGCCAAUCAACUGACAGCACAUUACUGCCGAGUCAUUCUUACCCAGCACUUCUACAGAAAGUAUUGCAUCAGCCAGUUUCACUUUACUAGUACACUCAGGCCUGCAGACUUACUAUUUCACACAGCAUUCUGUGGAUCCCAACAACCCCCAUAUAGGCAUAGCUGCCAAGUUCCAGGUAGAAAAAUAAGGGAUCGCAGCGGCGCGACACCGGAAGUCGCUUCUAUGCAUGCAAAUGGCUUUUAAAACGGGGCUUUCCAGCGAAAAACGGGAGACUUGGCAGCUAUGCACAUAGGUCCAUGUAACAAAAAUUCCCUGAGAUAGUGAAGAGCUUCUGUGAGAGGUUUUGAGGAGAGAACAGUGACAAUCUAGAGGAUUUCAGGGUUUGUGUGUUAAAUUCCCAUGUAUACAAUUGUUUUCUCCAAGGUUCUCUGUAGCUAAGUGUCAGAUACUUACCUGUAUUUUUAGAGAUCCCCUCUACACCAGUGUGGUGUAGUGGUUAAGAGCGGUAGACUUGUAAUCUGGGGAACCGGGUUCGCAUCUCUGCUCCUCCACAUGCAGCUGCUGAGUGACCUUGGGCUAGUCACACUUCUUUGAAGUCUCUCAGCCUCACUCACCUCACAGAGUGUUUGUUGUGGCGGAGGAAGGGAAAGGAGAAUGUUAGCUGCUUUGAGACUCCUUCGGGUAGUGAUAAAGCAGGAUAUCGAAUCCAAACUCUUCUUUUCUUCUUCUUAUCCUUUUGUAUAACGGGCCUGGAAGAAUUUAGGGAUAUGUUUCCUCUGCUAACAUGUAUGUAUGUUUCGAUGUAGCCCUCUCUCCAACCUCUAAUACUGACAAGUUUUCGACAGACAAUCUUUUCUGAAUAACAUCAGAAUUAUGCACGAACAUCACUUAAAUCCUUCCUCAGCCUCAAUCCUGAACUCCUUUUCCUCCCCCAACAUCCCCCAACAACUCCUGAUUCCCUUUUCCUCCCCCAACAUCUUCACUGGCCAGGGAGAUGAAAGUUCAAAAAUCCCCCCUUUUUUUUGCUACUCCUCAGGGAAGCUUAUGUGGCAAUUCAGCAAAAUCUCCAUAUCUAAAGAGACUUUUUGUGAGUUGAGUACAGUCGCCCAAAAUUCACAUACAACUUACUUGCGAUUAAAACACAAAUUAAUAAAUAGAAAGAGGGCUAGAGAUGAGGAAAAACUGUUAGAAGGGACUCUUGAGAUCUCAGAAAAGUCUCCAGAACCCAGAAAGCAAUGGGGGGGCCCCUUUGGCAAUGAUGGGAAGAGUUUCUAAGUCCACCUUGCUUACUGA